ACCACAAUCGCAUCACAGCACCCUAAUAAAAAGAAAUGGGAAUGGCCGACGGCAACGCAAAUAACGACUUCCUCCGUCCCCCAAGCGACGAAGAAUAUGCGCCGGCCUAUCGCAAUCCCUCACACUACAACCCACUACACACAUUCAAACUGCCAAGCGGGCAGGAAAAGCAUUAUAAACAGCAAUAUGGCGACAUGUACUUCCUCCGACUUGCCCGGUUAAAACCCGCCACGGAACAAGUUGCGGCGGAGACGUGGGAUGGGUUUAGCAUUGCAGGGGAACACGCUCGUCGCGUGGAACGAGUGCUGGACGUGAGACAGGGAGAGUUGUGCUGGGUCGCCGGGACGAUAUACAUGGAUAUGCCGCUGAAACCGAAUAUUCUGGAGGAUUUGACGAAAGAGAACUUCACACUAGCCCCUGCCCCUCGACGCACAUAUAUCGAUUCCUCGAACCCCGAAGCAACGCAAUACAUGCUGGAGGAUGAAUCGGGCCGUCUACGCUUAACAGGAAGUCUACUCCGAUCGACACAACUAGCCACCGGCGCUGUGAUUGCGGUAUUGGGAACGGAGAACUCGAAUGGUGAUUUCGAGGUGGUUGAUAUUAAGGUUCCGGAUUUGGCUCGACAACCGCAUCGGUGGGAGGGGGUUCAAGCACCGGAGACCGAGAGGAAAGGGAAGAUUGCGUUUGUCAGUGGUCUUGGGAUUACGGGGACUGCGAGCAAUACGCUGACUUUGGAUCUUUUGGCGGACUAUCUCCUCGGGUACACAGGGACGUCGAAUGAGGAUGAGGGUGCACCGCCCAAUGCGUCUGCAAUCACCAGACUCGUCAUCGCGGGCAACUCGCUCGGCGCGAACGUCACAGCAGCCGCAGCUUCGACAGAAAACGCUGCUGCGAAAAAGGCCGGAACGAAGAAAUACGGAUACGACGCCUCCGCAUACAACGCAUCCCCGAUCACCCAGCUCGACUCCUUCCUCGCAGAGAUCCUCCCCAGUAUCCCCGUAACGCUAAUGCCCGGCGAAACCGACCCGGCCAACUUCUCCCUCCCGCAACAAGGAAUCCACCGCGCCAUGUUCCCGCAAGCACGGGCAUAUUGCGGUCCGCCGCUAUCGGCCGAUAACCAAACCCCCGAAACGGGCUGGCUGGACAGUGUGACGAAUCCAUGGGAAGGCGAUGUAGAAGGAUGGCGGGUAUGGGGAUGCAGCGGACAAAACGUCGACGAUGUACUGCGAUAUUUGGAUUUCUUGGACGACGGGAACGAGGACGCGAAGAACGGAGACGUCGAGUCGCGGAUCCGAGUCAUGGAGUCCAUGCUCCGAUGGAGAUGUGGUGCGCCCACUGCACCGGAUACCAUCUGGUCCUACCCCUUCCAAACCCACGACCCCUUCGUCCUCCACUCCUGCCCACACAUCUUCUUCGCGGGCAACCAACCACGCUUCAAAACCGCCCUAAUCGAAGGCGAAGAGCCUCCUCUCGCGCUAAACGGAAACGGCGCAGACACCGAAAUGGCCGACGCCGACCAAGAAGCAGCGACUCAGCGCGUGCGGGUGUUGUGUGUUCCUCGGUUCCAGGAGACGGGCGAGUUGGUACUCGUUGAUACGGAGAGUUUGGAGGCGGAGGUUGUUAAGUUUGGGAUUUUUAGGGGACAAGAGGAGAAGCAAUAAUACCUAGUAUAUUUUACUAGAAUAAUGGAUUGCAUGUUAAGGUAUUUCCCGCACGGAGUAUAGACAGACGGGCAUAUAUAGAAACAAUGCCAAGACCCACAAAUGUCUU